AUGGUUCAGGUUGAUCAAAAGGCCGUUCUCAUCGUCAUUGACGGUUGGGGUCUUCCCAGCGAGAAGUCCCCCAAGGAGGGCGAUGCCAUUGCCGCGGCUGAGACCCCCUACAUGGAUGGCUUCAAGGCUGCCGAUUCCAAGACUGCCCAGGGCUACACCGAGCUCGAGGCUUCGUCGCUCGCUGUCGGUCUCCCGGAGGGUCUGAUGGGCAACAGUGAGGUCGGUCACUUGAACAUCGGUGCUGGCCGUGUCGUCUGGCAGGAUGUUGUCAGAAUCGACCAGACCCUCAAGAAGGGUGAGCUCAACAAGGUCGACAAGAUCGUUGAGUCCUUUACUCGCGCCAAGAACGGCAACGGCCGUCUGCACCUGCUCGGUCUCGUGUCCGACGGUGGUGUCCACGCCCACAUUAAGCACCUCAUCGGUCUCCUCAAGGUCGCCAAGGAGAUUGGCGUCCCCAAGGUCUUCAUCCACUUCUUCGGUGAUGGCCGUGACACCGACCCCAAGUCCGCCGCCGGCUACAUGCAGCAGCUCUUGGACGCGACCAAGGAGAUCGGCAUUGGAGAGAUUGCUACUGUUGUUGGCCGUUACUACAUUAUGGACCGUGACAAGCGCUGGGACCGUGUUGAGUUCGGUCUGAAGGGUAUCGUCUCCGGCGAGGGUGAGGAGAGCUCCGACCCCGUUGCCACCAUCGAGGAGCGCUACGCCAAGGGCGAGAACGACGAGUUCUUGAAGCCCAUCAUUGUCGGCGGCAAGGAGCGCCGCGUUCAGGACGACGACACACUCUUCUUCUUCAACUACCGUUCUGACCGUGUCCGUGAGGUCACUCAGCUCCUUGGUGGUUUCGACACCUCCCCCAAGCCUGACUUCCCCUACCCCAAGAAUGUCCAGCUCACCACCAUGACCCGCUACAAGGGCGACUACCCCUACCCCGUUGCUUUUGAGCCGCAGGCCAUGGGCAACGUGCUCGCUGAGUGGCUCGGCAAGCAGGACGUCAAGCAGUGCCACGUUGCCGAGACGGAGAAGUACGCUCACGUUACCUUCUUCUUCAACGGUGGUGUUGAGAAGCAGUUCCCUGGUGAGGACCGUGACAUGAUCCCCUCGCCCAGGGUUGCCACCUACGAUCUCGACCCCAAGAUGAGCGCUGCCGGUGUCGGCGAGAAGGUCUGCGAGCGCAUGGCCGAGCACAAGUGGGAGUUCAUCAUGAACAACUUUGCUCCUCCCGACAUGGUUGGCCACACUGGUGUCUACGAGGCCGCCAUCAAGGGUGUCACCGCUACCGACAAGGCCAUUGGCGAGAUUUACGAGCAGUGCAAGAAGGAGGGCUACGUUCUCUUCAUCACUGCCGACCAUGGUAACGCCGAGGAAAUGAUCAACGACAUUGGCAAGCCCAAGACCUCGCACACCACCAACAAGGUUCCCUUGGUCAUGGCCAACGCUCCCGCCGGCUGGUCGCUGAAGAAGUCCGACGGUGUCCUUGGUGACGUUGCUCCGACUCUCCUUGCUGCCAUGGGUCUUGAGCAGCCCAAGGAGAUGACUGGCAAGAGCCUGCUGGUCAAGUCUUAG